AUCAUAAAUAUAUUAAACUCAAACAACUAGUCAACUAGUUAUGCCUAUUGCAAAGAGAAGAAAAAAUAAACCAAAACCUGCCAAAUUUAUGAACCAUACCACCACAGCUCUUAUCCACCAAUCUUCACCUACUAUUCAAUUCCAAGGGCUUUCUGAUCUGAAUUUUCAAGAAGGGGGGCUGAGAUUUUCUGCCAUGGAAGAUUCCUCAAAUGGGAUAGUAGAGGAGACCCCUGAGGUAAUACAAUCUUCUCAAGAUGAGUAUAAAGAGGUUGUUGUUGGGGAUGUGAAAAAUGUGGAGAUUCAUAACGAAGAUGAUGAUUCUGAGCCUGCAAACAAGAGGGAGAUUUCCAUUUUUGAGCAGGUUAUUGACAAAGCUGAGGAUUUUCUUGAUGGUGAUGACCAUUCUAGUUCGAGUUCUAGUAGCUCCGACGAUGAAAUAGAGGCUGCAGAACCCGAAGAGAAGAGUCCUCAAGUGGAGGAGAGUUCUGAGAAUAAAGAUGAUUUGAAACAAGUUGAGGAAGAAGAGGUGGCUGAGGAGAACGCUUUAACUUCUUUGGUUGAGGCUGAAGAGAUUCCUCAAGUAUUGGACGAUUUGGUGUCAAAGAUUGAGGCUGUGACUUCUGUGGUUUCAGGGGGGAGUGAAGAGCCUGAAUUGCCUUUAUCAGAUCAGAAGAAUGAGACUAAUAAUGAUGAUAGUUCAGCCAUGGCAGAACAAGUUAUUGACCAUUCCAAGGGAACUGAGGAGAAUCCAGGAGAGUCAACAGAAGAAGCUGCUCCUCCUGCUUGUGAGGCUUCCAAUGAAAAUAUUCCUGAGAACACAACAGAUUCACCUAUUGAGCCUUUGACAAGUGAGUCUCUACAACCAACUUCAUGGAGAAGCUGCUGUGGACUUUUUGAGGUUUUGCGACCAUCUGAAAGAUAAACACAAGAAAAGGAGGAUGGUCUCUCUUCCAAAUUGGAAUAUUGAAUCAUGAAGUUUGCAGACAGUUAUUAUCUUAAAUUAAAAGAAGGGUGUCAAGAUUUAAAGUGGCAAAAUUCUCAGUCAGUCCAGUCCAUAUUUGUCAAGUGUGUGUGUGGUCUGUUUUUUCUUCAUCAUAAGUUGUUGUAUAUGGUGAUUUUACUUUUAUUACUACUACAACUAUAUAACAAUUGAGAACCAUUGUUUUUGUAAUUUACUUUUAUUUCUUUAUUAGUCUUUGCAGAUAACAAUAUUUGGUGCGAAUUCUUUUUAUUGAAUGCUGAUACACUUGUUUGUUUA